AUGUCGUUGUGGUCGGGACGCCGCCAUGAUCCUUUUUUCGAUGAUUUCUUUGAUCGUAAGGAUCCGUUUUCUUUCUCAAACAGAUGGAGAAGCAUAGAACCGUACUGGCGAGAUGCUGAUCACUCAGUUCUUCAUGUUGCGAACCAGACACAGGAGGUUGUAAAUGACGACAAGAAGUUUGUUGUUGCACUUGACGUCUCACAAUUCAAACCUGAAGAAAUUAGCGUGCAUAUUCAAGAUCGUGAACUUAUUAUCGAAGGGAAACAAGAGCACAAAAGCGGGACCGGGUAUAUGCAAAGAUCAUUCGUGCGCAAAUGGACUCUCCCGAACGAUGUCGAUCUUGACUCGGUGCGCACUGAGUUGACAAACGUUGGUCAUUUGAAUGUGGAGGCACCGAAGAUUGGCCAAAACACUUACAAGAGGGAGAUUCCUAUUGUACCUGCUCCCCAUAAUAAGUGA